AUGGUAAAAAAGAAAAACCAGGACGCGGUUUCCCAAAAACCAACAGUGGAACUUCUUUCGGAGGACGAGUGGAUGGCCCGAAGAAAUACGUAUAUGCAGCGUUUGGCGGAUCUUAAAACGAGUGUUGCCUUUAUUGAUGAUGCCAUCGAAGAGCACAGGGAAAUUCAAAAACAAAAGUUGCGUAACGACAAAUGGAAUAGUUACUUGGCCUGUGAUGGAUUGCCUAACCCCAGUCGUCCUGCCGAAAUUCGAAAAUUCAUAUUCCAGCUUAAUUAUAAGGAGCAGGAGGCCUGCGCUAAUGAAGUAAGCUGGGUUCUUUCUGUGAACGAUCGCAGUGUACUCUCUCAAGCACCUAAUAGAGACGAUAUGACCCGUAAAAACUUGGAAAAAUUAAGGCCAAACAUAGGACAGCUCUACGAUGAAACAGUGCAAAAAAUCCUGGCAACCAUAGAAAGGGUUGGAAGAGUUCUCCGUAACGAUGAUGAGCUGGUACGUCUGCCAACUUUUCAAGUCCUUGAGUUGGAUAAGAUUCCAAAUGAGCUUUAUGGGGAAAUUGAUAGGUUCCUUGACAAGCUGACCUAUCGCGUGGUCUGUUCUCCUGAUGCCUUGAUGACAAACAAGGACAGUAUCUUGUCAAGUUACUGCUAUAAUUGCAGCAACUUCGACCUGGAGAUAUGGGGACUGCAGGAUGUACCCAUUAGAUUCAAUUACUUGAAGCUACCGCUAAUGCACUCCAAUUUGAACUGCGUGGGUGUAACUAUUCAACUGCCACUUAGUGUGCUUUGCGAUAAUCUCACUCUGCGGUGUGUGCGCACUUUCUUCGAUCCGCUCUCCCAUCUGGCCAAGAGCUUUGAGCUGGUCAUCGAUAGUUCUAUGAGCCCCAACUGCGGCCUGGUGGACAUCGGAGAUAGUGUAAUGAGCGAAUGGAUGACCCAGAUGGAUAUACAGGAGGAACUCAUGACCCGCAUGGAAUCGGAAAUGCGAGCUUACAAUGAGGCCAUAUCUUUUAUUGCCGACGCCGAAGCAAAAGAGAAGAAGAAACCUCAGCAGAAAAGAGUAAGGAUUCCAAAGCCGCCUAAAAGGCCACAAGAGCUACCAACUGGCAUGUUUCCUGAUCCACACAAGAUAUUUCUGGAACACGAGAAAAGAGAUUGCUCUGACUUCUUUAAUAGAUAUUUCCACCCAGACAAUAUCAACUUACAGCCAUCAGAGGUGAACCUGCGUCGUUUCAUCAUUAUAGGAGGCAUAGUCUCCUUGGUUUUUGUGCAAAAAGCCAAACAUACCGCUUUUGAGAAAUGCAAUAUAACGUUGCAUGAGGAUGGACGCCUACUGCGGAAGUCACUGAAUAUUUUGGACGGAUCGAAGGAAGAGGAAUCUAGUAGACGAUCUACCAAGUCGGGAAUCGGAGCAGAUAUAAAGCGUAACACCGUAUUCGAGGAAGCCUCUGAUGUUCCACUGCAUUUGGAGCCAAAUGAGCUACCUUAUUACUUUCUUACCUUCAAGGUGCCCGAUCAUUUGUGUAUAUGGGGAGAACCCAUGGUUUGCCAAUUUUUUGAGAGUGAAAUAGAACGACCGCAGGAAGUCAAGGCAGACGAAUUGGUAAAAAAGGUAGAUAAAAAGAAAAAAUAUAUGCGAAAGUCUCUCCGAAAGGAAAGCGAAUCGGUACACGUAGUGACUACCAUGUCAGGGCCUGUAAGCACAGUAGAAGAAAGGUCAUCAGAAAGUAACAAGCCGACAUACCACCAGCCGGCUCGAGAAAACUCCAUCAAUAUCUAUCGCCCAUCUGCUCUAGCAAUUGUGCGACAGAGCGCUAUGGAAACAGAGCAGACACCAUAUGAGAGUACGUUUAAAAACUUUAAGCUGCUGGGGGAGCCAAUAUCGAGAAGAAAUCUUCGCCUUCUUCAGGAUCAAUGUUUACCCAGAAUGAUAUCCUCGCUCAAGUUCCCGCUAGACUUCAAGGAUGAUAAGACGGAAGCACAGGCCUUAAAAAAAACACCGGCUGUUCAACUUUACAAAAGGCGAUUGACCGACUCAGUGGGAUCUUCACAAAUGGAGGAGUUAUGUUUCAAUUACGAAGAUCAGUCCAAUCCAGAACGACUGUACCCGAAAUUUCCUUUGAUGACCGACUUGCAUGUGAAAACUGGCCGCAUCGAUAGUUCGAAAGAGGAUACUACCAUGAUUGGCCUUUUAAGAACGUUAGAAGACAUUAAGUACAAAUACAUAGAUGCUCCGAGAAGAAUAGUGGAACAAAACACCUACGCUGUCAGAAUGAGCAAGAAAUCUUUUUCGGAUCCCCUUCCUACGACUCGAUCCCAUCGACAGAGUUAUUUCGGAAGACGGUCUGUCAGACAGUUAGGGUUGGAGGAAAGCACCCUAAGCGUAUCUCGACAGGUGGAAAUAGAGUACGAACUUAGUGAAACCAGCGACACUGGUGGGCAAUUGCUUAAGACCAGUAAGGAUAGUCGACUGCCCCCGCAGACUUUGCCUCAAAGUUCAGAGCCCAUAAAAGUCGCCCAAUGGACUACCGAGUUCAUUCUGGAGUCAAGUUUUGAUAGGGAAAGUAAGGUGCUUUUGGUGAAGACAGAUCGACUGGGACACUUUGGAUUUGCCUAUCGACGAUACGCGCAUUUCCCCUUCAGUCACUGGGAAUUGGAGAGGAACGAGCAGAAUCCUGAUGAGAUCAUCUUAACCUUGGACACCUACCAUGUGCGUGUUGUCUUCUUCAUAAGCAAGGAUGGCAUCCGGUGCCAUGCGAUUGAUAUACCCAAGGAGUACAUUGCUAGACCCUUCAAGUAUAUAAAUAUCGAUAAACCCAUCUCGGACUUCGUCGAGCUUCGCAAGCGCCUUCAGGACAUGAACCUGAACGUGUUUGCGGAGCUCGACGCUUGUUUCUACAUCGAUCAGGGCUAUUUUUCGCAGAAGCACCUGGCGGCUGAGUUGCAUGUCUACGAUGCCAUCGCCGUGCACAUUAAGCUGAUGAAGUUUAGCCGCAGCCAGUGGAAUCGUCUAGCGAGAGAUCGGGAUAUCCUGCUUUGUCUGCGAAAUACCAGGGAUGUUCACGAUGGUUCGGAGGUCACGGUCCGUGUAACGCCCGAGGUCUCGACCUUCGUAGAAGUUUCGGAGCUCUGUUCGGACGACAGCAAAGUGAUAAAGCUGCAAUUUAAAAGUACCUGGCGUAACAUUGGGACCUACUCGGAUCUGCAUCAGCUGAUCAACUCCAUGUAUCCACAUGCCACGGAUAUGCGCAAUCGCGAUGCCAACCAGAUGUACUAUCUUCGCCAGCUCCUUCAGGAGAUCAGACCCCUGAGCUUCUCCUAGAUCCGCGAACGCUGCUCAAUUAGCAACUGCCAAACAAACACAGACCACAGUGUACACUUUCCAAUUACCAGCAAUUAAAUCCAAUUGCCGUACAA